AUAAUUAAUUCAUUUAUAACUAGGACUAAGAAAAAUGUCAUUAUUUGCCAAAAUGGAACACAGGUUUCAGCCUGUGCCUGAUGACAAGCAAAUUUUGGUACAGCCCUUUCUUCAAGCCUGCAACGAUGGGAUAAUACCGUUUUUAGAAGCCUUUGGGAAAACUUUUAUACCUGUAAAGUCAGAUGUGGCUGGUAAUAUAAAUAAACUACAGACAAAAUUUGACAGUGACCCUGAGAAGUUUUCCUCCUUCAAUGCCAUGCUAGAAGAUGAGGUGAAAACACAGGACACCGACCUUGCCAGAGUAGGAGGGCUUUGGUUGAAAAGGGGACUUGAAUUCAUUUGUACAAUUUUUCGCAUGAUGAUUGAAGAAUAUAAAAGCGGCAACAUGUCUGAAAACUUUGGUGCUAUCACACGGAAAGCCUAUGAGCAGAGUUUGAAAAAAUAUCAUGGGUGGCUUCUGCAAAAGAUGGUAUUGGGUAUAUCAAGAACACUGCCCAGCACAAAAAACAUGUUAAAAAUGUUAUCAGAAUCUGAGGACACAAAUGAUCAGCUCAUCAUGGACAUGUACCAGUUUGAACAAGAAUUAUUUGCCAACCUGGAGGUUCUGAACGCCCUCUUCAUCAAUAUGGAUCUUGAUGACCAGUCCAAAGUUUGACCAGAAACAAGGGAAACAAGGAAUCAAGAGUACGUGUGUCAGGCCUUACCUUACGUGUGUGUAAUUUAUCCAUACGAAGCAUGCACUUUGGAGUAACAGAUGUUGCUAAUUACUUGCCUGCCAUAAAAACAUAUAAAUGAGAUGCAAUUUGAUUGGGAAUGAUAUGUCAUAGUAAAUGCUCAUUUGUCCACUUUUUCUCUGUCUUGACCACUCAUCCAAAACUGACCUAGAUCUAUUGUUGUAGGAAUCAGCGUCAGCCCGUCCAUCCCGCUGUCUGUCCACUCUUUCAUGUUUGUAGCUGAAUCUAUCAAACUUAUACAUAAAAGUUCAAAAGUUCACUGAAGAAUUAGGCAAACGUUAUUCAUAUUCCUUUUUUUUUUCAAGUUCAUUGGAGUUAUUUUAUAUUUUGGGACUACCUUGAAAACAUGAUAUCUCCUGCAAUUUUCCUCAAACCUGUAUCAUGUACCCUAUUGUUUUCAUUGACCUAUUUGUUUUCAACGUAAUUUCUCCUGGGCCUGUUUUUCAAUUCAAGGGUUGCUUUCUUUAACAGAUUUUAACUUUCAAAAUCAGAAAGGAAGGACCUGUCAGGUUCUUGUUGGUUUGGGUGCUGGUUUAAAAGCAGUUCAAAUGUGUACACAGUUGUUAAAAAUUCUAUAUGAUAUGCCUAUCAGACAUUAUGUACAUGAACUCUUUUAAUGGUAUCUGAAUCAAAAUGUGUAUUUAGGUUCCCUAUUGUUCAUAAUGGGAAACAUUCACAGAGGAAAAUGUCCAUAGUGGGACAUAGCACGGGGAACGGUUCAUAGUGGGACAUAACAGGUUAAAAUUUUCAUAGUGGGACAUAACAGGUUAAGAGGUUCAUAGUGGGACAUAACAGGGGAAAAUGUCCAUAGUGGGACAUAACAGGUUAAGAGGUUCAUAGUGGGACAUAACAGGUUAAGAGGUUCAUAGUGGGACAUAACAGGUUAAGAGGUUCAUAGUGGGACAUAAGUUAAGAGGUUCAUAGUGGGACAUAACAGGGGAAAAUGUCCUUAGUGGGACUAACAGGGGAAAAUGUCCAUAGUGGGACAUAACAGGUUAAGAGGUUCAUAGUGGGACAUAAGUUAAGAGGUUCAUAGUGGGACAUAA